UAGUCAAGUUAAAGUAGUUUUAGAUAAGACCUGGUUAGAACAAGGCCGUAAAAGAGAAAAGAUUAAGUAAAAGUAAAUUUAUGUAUGGUUUAGUUUUUACUUGUGCUCGCUUCUCUCUCUUAUCUCCUUAUUCUAUCACCAACCCGAUAUUACAAAGCUUGGCCUAGUUAUGAUGUGACAUGUUACAUACUGUUCACCUUGCUCUUGACCUUACCCGCCCUCCAACCCAAUGACCAAGUCUAGUUGAGGUUUAAUUUAGCAAGAAUGUGCAAUGUGCAAUGUGCAAUGUGCAAUGUGCAAUGUGCAAUGCCAAAUAAAAGGGUAAUUAUUGACAAUUGACAAUGAAUUAUUGAUAGCUAGACUAAAUCCCUCAACUCUUUCUUAGCUAUAUAUCUGACCUUAAAAAACUGUUCCAAGUAUUUUCCUGAUAUGUUUAAGUAGUUUCAUUCAUUUUUCAAUAUUUACUAUAUGAUUAACAGUUUUAUUUAUGGCCAAAGACUAAAUAAAAUUAUUGCAAGCUUCUGUUAGUUGGAUUUUCGUUUGGCUUGAAAGUUUCAAGUCAUGUUCUUGGCAUUCUUUAUUGAACCUUUGAAGAAGGCAAUUCAAAAGUAGAUACUACACAAUCCCAAGUUCUUAAAAGAAAACUAGACAUGCAUGAGAAAGAUGAUGUCUACCAACUUAACAUUUCUUUGAUAUAUAGUUCAUCUUUUGGUUAAUUAUAGUUGACUUAACACUUUCCUACACUGAAAAUAUUUCCCUGUUAAUAUGAUACAAUUGUUAGUUUAGGCUAAAAGUUCCCUAGUUCAGUCACAAACAAGAUGGAGAUUAGGAAUUCGAACGAAAUCGAGGACAUUACAUCAGUAAAAAUGGGUUCAAUGCAGAUUGCAGGAAGUAAUGGAUUUGGUCAUAACAUAGAUUUCAUGUCUCAAGCCUAUCUUAGAGAAAGGAGUUCUGAAAUCAUCAUAGAAGAUGAUUCUUCGCCUUCUGUGGACCGUCCUCUUCCAAUAUAUUUAAAGUUUGAAGAUGUUCAAUACAAGGUUAAAUACAAUGAGGGAUCAGCAGGAAAUCCAGUAAAAGCAGUGGUAUCGAAAAUGGCCUCACAACUCAAUACAGAACAUGACAAUCAUAAGUACAUAUUAAAAGGCAUAACAGGAAGUAUUGGCCCAGGUGAAAUCUUGGCUCUUAUGGGUCCUUCAGGUAGUGGUAAGACAACUUUACUUAAGAUCAUAGGUGGAAGACUCCAGGAAAAUGUCAGAGGAACAGUGACUUACAACAGCAUUUCCUAUAGUGCAGCUCUCAAGAGGAGAAUUGGGUUUGUGACCCAAGAUGAUGUGCUGUUUCCUCAGCUGAGUGUUGAAGAGACAUUGGUUUUCGCGGCAUAUUUGAGGCUUCCUAGCAGCAUGAGUAGGAAACAAAAGUACCAAAGGGUUGAAAUGAUUAUCAAAGAACUUGGCCUUGAAAGAUGCCGUCACACAAGAGUUGGAGGAGGGCUAAUUAGAGGAAUAUCAGGAGGUGAAAGAAAACGAACAAGCAUAGGUUAUGAGAUUCUAGUUGAACCUUCUUUGCUGUUGCUUGAUGAACCAACUUCAGGACUUGAUUCAACUUCUGCCAAUAGACUAAUUCAAAUUCUUCAAGGCCUUGCUAAGGCAGGAAGAACAAUAAUCACUACUAUUCACCAACCUUCAAGCAGGAUGUUUCAUAUGUUCGACAAAAUUCUUUUGUUAUCAGAAGGGUAUCCUGUAUAUUAUGGCAAAGCUUGGGAAACAAUGGACUACUUCUCUUCUUUAAGGUUUAAUCCUGAGAUACCAAUGAAUCCAGCAGAAUUCUUGCUUGAUCUUGCUACUGGACAAGUAAAUGACAUUAGUGUUCCUGAUGAGGUGAAAAGAGAUGACAGCUCCCCUACCUCUGACAAGGCUGUUCUGAAAUAUAUACAGGUGAAGUACAAAAUGCUACUGGAGCCAAAAGAAAAGGAAGAAAAUCAUCGAUUGACAAACAUACCUGAGCACCUUCGAAUAGCCAUUCAAGUUAAAAAGGACUGGUCUAUGACAUGGUGUGACCAGUUCUUUAUCUUGUUUAAGAGAACAUUCAAAGAAAGAUAUAGGGAUUAUUUUGAUAAAUUGAGAUUACUUCAGGCACUUGGUGUAGCAGUAUUAUUAGGCCUUCUUUGGUGGAAAUCCAAGAGUGAAACUGAGGCUCAACUCAGAGAUCAAGUUGGUUUGAUGUUCUACAUAUGCAUUUUUUGGACAUCCUCAUCAAUUUUUGGUGCAGUUUAUGUAUUCCCCUUUGAAAAGAUUUACUUGGUGAAGGAAAGAAAAGCAGACAUGUACAGGCUAAGUGUCUAUUAUGUUUGUAGCACACUAAGUGAUAUGCUGGCUCAUAUACUUUACCCUACUUGUUUCAUGGCCAUUGUUUACUUCAUGGCUGGAUUCAAAAGAACUAUUGAGUGCUUCUUCUUAACCCUUUUCGCGAUACUACUAAUCGCGUUUACUAGCCAAGGUGCUGGAGAACUUUUUGGAGCAGCAGUUUUGAGCAUUAAAAGAUCUGGGAUGAUUGCUUCAUUGAUACUAAUGUUGUUUCUUCUCACUGGAGGAUAUUAUGUUCAGCAUAUUCCGAAAUUCAUGAGAUGGUUAAAGUACACAUCUUUUAUGUACUAUGGAUUUAGACUACUACUGAAAGUGCAAUACUCAGGAGACCAACUAUAUGAGUGUGAAAGCAGAGGAGGAUGUAGACAUCUACAAAGUUCACCUUCAUUUGAUACUGUUAACUUAAAUGGAGGCUUACAAGAAGUUUGGAUCCUUCUAGCAAUGGCGGUCGGAUAUCGAUUACUUGCAUACAUUAGCCUUCGUAGAAGAAUCAAUGCUUGUCAUCUUUGAUCAUCUCAAUUUGUUAUGAAUUUUUCAUUACAAUUCUUUGUAAGAACAAAAGAGUAUUACUUACAAACAAUUUAUUUGAUCAGUAUAUUGCUGUU